AUGGCCUCCGUUGAAAGCUCAGAAAAUAUCAGAGCAGAGCUGAACGAGUUCAUCAGCGAUUCCAAAUCUCCAGUUCCAGUUUCACCUCCAAAUCAACAAUGCCCAUUGAUCAUACUCUAUGGUCAAACUCAUUUGGGAGCUCCCUUGCACCACAUUCAGUUGCGGGAGAUAGAGGCAGGUCGAGAAGCUCCAGAGUUCCGAGCAUGCGAGGUUUUUCUCCGUGGGACUAUACAAGGACACGUCCUCUUCCGGAUGACUAUUCAUAAUUCCAGCUUGAGAGACUGCACUCUCAUCGAUUGUACUAUCUACGGGGGGAAGAUUGAGACGUCUCAGCUCACAGACUGCCGUACUCGGAAGAAAGCUCUGGGCGAACACGAUACUUCGUUGACAAUACCACUCGUCUCCUGUUGCAAAAUCAAGGGUGGCAGCGCGGACUAUACUGAAAUGUUCAAUUCGACCUCAUCUAUUCUCUCCUCUUUGAAAGCACCCUAA